AUGAUUACGGAGCUGCAUUCAGUAAUAGAUACCGCGAGUUCGGAUCCAGCGGUGUCGAGGCUUGUUAUCACCGGCAUGGGGCGGUUCUUCUGUACGGGAAUGGAUCUGGGGAAGAGUACCCCGGUUGCACAAGAGAAGGGGAGCAGCGAGGCGCAGUUCGCCAGGCUGACGGAGCUGUUCGAGGUCAUUGAUCGGUGCCCAAAGGUGACGAUCGCGUGUCUGAAUGGGCCAGCGUUUGGUGGGGGAGUUGGACUGGCGUUCGCGUGUGAUCUUCGUCUCUGCACCAAGGCCGCUACGGGCACCCUGAGCGAGGGCAGAAUGGGUCUUUGUCCUGCGACAAUCUCCAAGUAUGUCAUCCGAGAGUGGGGGACCGCCUUCGCGCGUGAGGCCUUGCUCUCGGCUCGCCCGGUCAAGCACGACCAGCUGCAUUCGCUGGGCCUCGACGCCGAGGUCGCAGAGAAUCCCGGGGAUCUGGACAAGAAGCUGGACGCCUUGCUGGUGCGCCUGCGGCACGUCUCGCCCGAUGCGUCGCGCAUGUCGAAGGAGUUGGUCAGGCUCGCCUGGAAGCACGCGGGCAAGGGCGAACAGGCGUCGGGGAUCGAGGCACUCUUCCAUGAGAUGAUGCGACCCGAUGGCGAUGGUGCCCUUGAAUUGCGUGAGUUCCAGUCUGGUCGGCCGGUAGAUUGGGAUGCGUAUACCCAAAAGACGAAAACCACUCCCGGGGCGAAAUUGUGA